AUGGCGGACAGUCCCGUGGCGAAGCAGCUGCUGCAGCAGCUGGAGGCGGCCGAUGGAGGCCUGGACAGCGCGGAGCUAGCGGCCCGGCUGGGCGUGGAACAUCAAGCCGUGGUGGGCGCUGUGAAGAGCCUGCAGGCGCUUGGCGAGGUCAUUGAGGCUGAAUUGCGGUCUUCCAAGCGCUGGGAGCUUACCACUGAAGGCGAGGAGAUUGCCCGGGAGGGCAGCCAUGAGGCCCGGGUGUUCCACAGCAUCCCUCUGGACGGCCUGGCACAGAGCGAGCUCAUGCGACUGCCCAGCAGCAAAGUGGGCUUCAGCAAGGCCAUGUCCAACAAGUGGAUCCGUGUGGACAAGAGCACAGCUGAUGGGCCUCGAGUGUUCCGAGUGGUGGACAGCGUGGAGGAUGAGGUGCAACGACGGCUCUGCCUGGUCCAGAAAGGGGAGGCUGAGAAAUUGGGUGAGAAGGAGAGGAGUGAACUGAGGAAGAGGAAGCUCCUGUCUGAAGUGGUCCUGAAGACCUACUGGGUGAGUAAAGGCAGUGCCUUCAGCACCAGCAUCUCCAAGCAGGAGACAGAGCUGAGCCCUGAGAUGAUCUCCAGUGGCUCCUGGCGGGACCGGUCCUUCAAGCCCUACAAUUUCUCGGCGCACGGCAUCCUCCCCCCUAGUGGCCACCUGCACCCCCUGCUCAAGGUCCGCUCUCAGUUCCGGCAGAUCUUCCUAGAGAUGGGGUUCACUGAGAUGCCCACGGAUAACUUCAUUGAGAGCUCCUUCUGGAACUUCGAUGCACUCUUCCAGCCUCAGCAGCACCCGGCACGCGACCAGCAUGACACCUUCUUCUUACGAGAUCCAGCCGAGGCUCUGCAGCUCCCGAUGGAUUACGUCCAGCGGGUCAAGCGGACCCACUCUCACGGUGGCUACGGCUCACAGGGCUACAAAUACACCUGGAAGCUGGACGAGGCCCGGAAAAACCUGCUGCGCACACACACCACAUCAGCAAGUGCCCGCGCCCUCUACCGCCUCGCCCAGAAGAAGCCCUUUACGCCAGUUAAGUACUUCUCCAUCGACCGUGUGUUCCGGAACGAGACCCUGGACUCGACUCACCUGGCUGAGUUCCACCAGAUCGAGGGUGUCGUGGCUGACCACGGCCUCACCCUGGGCCACCUCAUGGGCGUCCUUCGGGAGUUCUUCACCAAGCUGGGCAUCACCCAGUUGCGCUUCAAACCAGCCUACAACCCCUACACAGAGCCCAGCAUGGAGGUGUUCAGCUACCACCAAGGCCUGAAGAAAUGGGUGGAAGUUGGGAACUCCGGGAUCUUUCGCCCUGAAAUGCUGCUUCCCAUGGGGCUCCCCGAGAACGUGUCAGUCAUUGCGUGGGGCCUCUCCCUGGAGCGCCCAACGAUGAUCAAAUAUGGCAUCAACAAUAUCCGGGAGCUGGUAGGCCACAAGGUGAACCUGCAGAUGGUGUACGACAGUCCCAUAUGCCGAGAUAGCUGCCACCUCCCUGCCCUCAGGGAGCUGCCACCCUGGAUGCUGGGGAGCUAA